CCUGCGCCCGGAGCUCCCUGGGUAAGGCCCAAGAUGGCUGGCUCCGCGUAGUACGCGUGUGAGGCUGGCCAGGACCGUCCCUGUCGUCUCCUAGAAAGCUACACCUGGCCCUCACUCUUCUGCUCGUGCGGCGUGCAGUUGUAAGGGAGAGACGAGAGCCAUGGCAGGGAGCCUCUCUUGGGUGGCUGGCAGGGGCCUAAGGGGCUGGGUGCCCCUGGCCUGUAGAAGCUUCUUUCUGGGUGUUCCUGGAUUGUUCCAUGUAAGGGUCACCCUCCCGCCCCCCAAAGUGGUUGAUCGUUGGAACGAGAAGAGGGCCAUGUUCGGGGUGUAUGACAACAUCGGGAUCCUGGGAAACUUUGAAAAGCACCCCAAAGAACUGAUCAGGGGCCCCAGAUGGCUUCGAGGCUGGAAGGGGAAUGAAUUGCAGCGUUGUAUCCGAAAGAAGAAGAUGGUUGGAAAUCGGAUGUUCAUUGAUGACCUGCACAACCUUAACAAACGCAUCAGCUACCUCUACAAACACUUUAACCGACAUGGAAAGUAUCGCUAGAAGAGAAAGCUGGCAACUGUGGAAGAGGCACAUCAAUCCCCCAGGAGAGGGGGGACAGUACUUUACUUUAUGAAGAAAGGGAUUUGUAGACUCUGUAAUAAAAUGGGGCUCCUUUGGAA